CGGUUGCUGCUGGUCUGUGAAGGUGCUGGAGAUAGUAACUGCCAUUGGAGCUGCCGGCUUGUGUGCGACGCGAGGGCCAUGAGUCGCCUGGGCUCGGUGCAACAGAAGGUGCCUUGCCUCUUUGAGACCCAAGUGAAAGAGGAGCCCUCGGCCAAGCGGGAGCGCCAGCCUUUUAAGGUGUUGGCCACUGAAACGAUUACCCAGAAGGCAUUAGAUGCAGAUAUAUACAAUGCAAUUGCAACUGAAAAGGUGGAUGGAACUUGCUGCUAUGUAACUACAUAUAAAGGACAACCAUAUCUUUGGGCUCGACUGGAUAGAAAACCUAACAAGCAAGCUGAAAAAAAGUUUAAACGGUUUCUCUAUUCAACAGACAACACGAAAGGAUUUACUUGGGAUAUUGAAGAAGACUUCAAGCCUGUCCCUGAAUGCUGGAUUCCAGCAAAGGCAAUAGACCACUGCAAUGGGAAGCCUUUUCCUGAUGAAAAUGGACAUAUUCCAGGCUGGGUACCAGUGGAGAAAAACAGCAAACAGUAUUGCUGGCAUACUUCUGUUGUUGACUAUGAAUUUGACCUAGGUCUUAUACUGAAGCACCACCCUGAGGAAUCUGGUCUUCUGGAAAUAAGUCCUGUGCCCUUAUCUGAUCUUUCAGAGCAAACCCUAGAACUUAUUGGGACAAAUGUCAAUGCAAAUCCAUAUGGUUUAGGAAGCAAGAAACAUCCUGUGCACCUUCUUGUACCACAUGGAGCAUUUCAGAUAAAAACUGCACCUGCACUAAAUCACAACGAUCUGCUUUCUUGGUUCAGUGGAUGCAGCGAAGGGAAAAUUGAAGGAAUUGUAUGGCACUGCAGCAAUGGAUAUUUAAUCAAGCUCCAUCGACAUCAUCUUGGCUUGACCUGGCCAAUUGUGGACCCUCAUUUGACUUCUCGACCAGUUGUUGUCACUUUCAGUGGGGCCAAACAUGACUAUAAUUUUGAAUCGAAGACACUUUUUAGUUACUUUUCAAAGGUGGAUGGUCAACGAUUCAGUAGUCUCAGAGAUAUAGUAUGGGAUCUGUGACAAGAUUUCUUUUUUUACAAAUUUUUAUGACUGUCCAUUUAUUUAAGAAAUGAAAUGUUAAAUUGUGUCCAAAUGUAAAUAGUAUUGUCCUCAAGGCCUUGUGUAAAUAUAACAAGUAUUACUGUUCAUAGAGAAGAGCCAUGAAGGAAAAUCUAAGCUAUGUAUCUUGAGCAUCUUUAACAAUCUUAAACAGUUAAGCAUUUGAGACACUAUUAAAACAGCUAGGAGUACAUGGUACAUGGAGUACCAUGGUUUUUAAUUGCUGUACAGUUAUUUUCAAUAAUUGCAAUAACUAUUGUAGAAUAUUGUAUAGGUACGUUUACUAUAGGAAUAUAACAUUUGAAAUCAAUAGAA